AGGUAAGAAAUCCUCCUAGCUAUCUUUGUGAUUAUCAUUGUUUUCUUGCUAUUACCUCCUUGCAUGAGCCUUAAUCCUACCAAGAGGCCUAUUCUAACCCUCUUUGGUGGCAAGCUAUGCAAGAUGAAUUACAAGCUCUUGACAAAACUUGUACAUGGGAUGUAGUUGAUCUUCCUGUUGGAAAGCCUCUAGUAAGUUGUAAAUGGGUGUACAAGAUUAAAACUCGAUCUGAUGGUUUUGUGGAGCGUUACAAGGGUCAUUUAGUUGCUAAAGGAUUUACUCAGGAAUAUGGGAUUGAUUAUGAGGAAACCUUUGCACUUGUUGCUCGUCUUACUUCAGUUCGUAGUUUGAUUGCUAUUGUUGUUGCUAAAAGGGGGAAAUUGUUUCAGAUGGAUGUGAAAAAUGCCUUUCUAAAUGGUGACUUGUAGAGGAAGUUUACAUGAAACCACCUCUUGGACUUGAGCAUCCUCCAAACAAAGUUUGUCGAUUGAAGCAAGCUCUAUAUAGUUUGAAACAAGCACUUUGAGCCUAGUUUGCCGAGUUUAGUACCACCAUCAGUGAAUUUGGUUUUACUUCUAGUCCUCAUGAUACUGCGCUGUUCAUACGUAAGACUAAUCAUGGUAUGGUUCUCCUACUUCUUUAUGUUGAUGAUAUGAUCAUUAUUGGGGAUGAGAUUUCAAGUAUUCACGAUCUUAAGCAACUUCUCAGUCAUAAGUUUGAAAUAAAAGAUCUUGGUGUUU